GAUGACCUUUGAGGAUGUGGUGGUGAAGUUCAGCAAUGAAGAGUGGAGUUUACUGAGUCCAUCCCAAAAGAACCUCUACAGAGAUGUGAUGGGCGAAACCUUUAGGAACAUGACUGCAAUUGGAGGACUUGGGGAUAUCCAAGAAGCUGAAAAAGAAUGCAAAAUUUAUUGGAGAUACUUAAGAAAUGAAAGGCUAGGGAAAUCCUAUGGACGUACAUCUUGGAAUCAGUGUAAAGAAGUAUUCCUUUGUACUGCAGAAGGUAAUGUGAAUGUGAAAGAAGCAGAAACACACCACAAUGUUCAGAUCCAUGAAAAAUAUGGCAGUGGGGAGAAACCCUAUGUAUGUCAGCAAUGUGGAAAAGGGUUCACCAAAUCUGGACAUUGUAAGCAACAUGAAAUAAUUCACACUGGAGUGAAACCAUAUGUAUGUAAGAAAUGUGGGAAAGCUUUUAACACACAGGCAAAUUGUAAAAUACAUGAAAUGAUUCACACUGGAGAGAAACCGUAUGUAUGUAAGCAAUGUGGGAAAGCUUUUGCCAGACCUGGAUAUUGUAAGGAACAUGAAAGAAUUCACACUGGAGUGAAACCAUAUGUAUGUAAGAAAUGUGGGAAAGCUUUUAACACACGGGCAAGUUGUCAAAUACAUGAAAGAAUUCACACUGGAGAGAAACGCUAUGUAUGUAAGCAAUGUGGGAAAGCUUUUAACACACAGACAAACUGUAAAAUACAUGAAAGAAUUCACACUGGAGAGAAACCCUAUAUAUGUAAGCAAUGUGGGAAAGGUUUUACCCAACAUGGAGCUUGUAAGCAACAUGAAAGAAUUCACACUGGAGAGAAACCAUAUGUAUGUGAGCAAUGUGGGAAAGCUUUUAACACACGUGAAUAUUGUAGGGUUCAUGAAAGAAUUCACACUGGAGUGAAACCAUAUGUAUGUAAGCAAUGUGGGAAAGCUUUUAAAACACGUUCACAUUUUAAGAUUCAUGAAAGAAUUCACACUGGAGAGAAACCCUAUAUAUGUAAGCAAUGUGGGAAAGCUUUUAACACACGGGCCAACUGUAAAAUACAUGAAAGAAUUCACACUGGAGAGAAACCCUAUGUAUGUAAGCAAUGGUAGAACUAGUGUAUAUAAGCAUUAUUAGAAUUUUUUGAGCACAAGUACAUAUUGCAUAAUGCAUGAAAAACUUCACACUGGGAAGAAAACUUAUAUCUGUAAGGAAUGUGGGAAAGGUUUCAGCAGAAAUGCUCAUUGUC